GAUAGAUUCCGGUAUCACCAUCAAAUAUUCGCUCGGAACUCCUCGGCGGACUGUCGGAACACGUUGUUUGGUUACGGAUUUUCAGUCAUGAAAACGACGGGUGAAACAGACACAGCAGAACCCGAAAUCACCGGCGCUAAGACUGAUGGCAACAUCGGUAUAAAUACUUUAGAAGAGAGCAAGCGAACUGGUUUCUUUUCCCAGUUGAAACAUCCGGUCUUUCGAAGGAAAGUCUUGCACACGAUGUGGAUAUUUUGGUCAUUUGUUAUGUUGGGCUUCAUCAUGGGCCAGCGGGGUCCAUCAUUUUUGGAUCUUCUGAUCAUUACGAAUACAGACCUGAAAAGAGGUUCAGCAUUUUUCACAGGUCAGGCUGUCGGCUACCUGGUCGGGUCGUUCCUGAUGGGCGUGGUCUACGACAAACUUACCAAGUCUCUUUUGAUGUUCUUCAGUGUCUUCUUCAUGGGCGUUACAGUUGGAAUCAUCCCUUUCUGCUCACCUUACGUCCUCAUGAUUGCAAUGUGCUUCCUCAACGCCGUGUGUUUGGGAGGUGUUGAUACAGGUGGCAAUGCAGAGUUAUUUAGAAUAUGGGGAAGUGAAAGUCGACAGUAUUUACUGGCUAUACACUUUGCUUACUCUAUAGGAGGCACAAUAUCACCAGUUGUCACAGAGCCCUUCCUGGUACCUAAGGAACAGGACGUAGCCAACACUGAAAAUGACACUUACGCCGUCCAUCAAAGAUUUGACACAAAUACAUCAUCUUCGUGGGACGCAACUGGUAGUAGCUCAUACUCCACAUUCACAUUUGAACCGGUCAGCAAUUUCAGUGCCAACAACAUCACUGACGUGGUGCUGGCGGAACACACACACGUGUUCAUUGCUUAUCUGAUUGGCUCUGUUCUCACUGUUGCAUUCUCCAUUCCGUUCUUGGUGAUGUUCGUCAAAGACCGCACUAGACCAAAGAAAAGAGAACCUGGUCCUGAGGUGGAAAACGACAAUCAUUUAUCAAAACCACUGUUUGGCUCGACCAUCUUUCUGUUGUGUUUAUUUUACAUGCUCUAUUCCGGUGCGGAAGACACAUUUUCAACCUUCCUCUUAACAUUCACAGUCAAGGGACUCGAUUGGACAAAAACGCAAGGAUCACAAGUGACCUCUGCUUCCUGGGCAGCACUUUCUAUCGGAAGAUUUUUAGGAAUAUUUACACAUAACUGCAUUUCAACAGUGAAACUUCUCUUUCUGUGUAAUACGGGCCUAAUUCUGUCCUUACUAGCACUUUUGCUGUCUGCACAUUUUCAGUUUUUUCUGGGAAUUUGGUUCUUUGCUGUCACUGUAGGAUUAUCUAUGUCUGUGGUGUUUCCAGCAGCUUUCGUAUGGGCAGAAGAAGACUUGUUCCGAGUCACGGGAAGGGUGUCGGCUGCCAUCUUGUGUUCAACGGCUGCGGGAACAAUGAUCAAUCCAAUUAUUCUGGGUAACCUCAUGCAGCAGUACACACCGAUGUGGUACUGUUACCUACUUUCUGCAGACAGUGUCGUGUGUACGGCGGUGUUUUUAGUUGUAGUGUUUUUGUCUCGAAAAUACAUUAAGAGAAAAGCAUCUUUUAAACAGCAACUUACUGUGGAAGUCACACGUGUUUAAUUUCUUGUAGUUUUAUUUCUUCUGUUUCCACCAAUAAAAUUAAUGGGCCGAAUUUA